AUGCCCCGCUCCUUCCUGGUAAAGAAGAUCAAAGGGGACGGCUUCCAGUGCAGCGGGGUGCCGGCCCCCACCUAUCACCCCUUGGAGACCGCCUACGUGCUGCCUGGCGCCCGGGGGCCGCCCGAGGACAACGGUUACGCCCCGCACUGCCUGCCCCCCAGCAGCUACGAUGCGGACCAGAAGCCGGGCCUGGACCUGGCGCCGGCCGAGCCCGCGUACCCGCCGGCGGCGCCGGAGGAGUACAGCGACCCCGAGAGCCCGCAGUCCAGCCUGUCGGCGCGCUACUUCCGCGGGGAGGCGGCCGUGACCGACAGCUACUCCAUGGACGCCUUCUUCAUCUCGGACGGGCGCUCGCGGCGGCGGCGCGGCGGGGGCGGUGGGGAUGCCGGGGGCGCGGGGGACGCCGGAAGCGCCGGUGUACGCGCGGGACGCGCGGGGGCGCCGGCGGGCGGUGGGCACCGGCACGCGUGCGCCGAGUGCGGCAAGACGUACGCUACGUCGUCGAACCUGAGCCGCCACAAGCAGACGCACCGCAGCCUGGACAGCCAGCUGGCGCGCAAGUGCCCGACGUGCGGCAAGGCGUACGUGUCCAUGCCUGCGCUGGCCAUGCACGUGCUCACGCACAACCUGCGCCACAAGUGCGGCGUGUGCGGCAAGGCCUUCUCGCGGCCCUGGCUGCUGCAGGGCCACAUGCGCUCGCACACGGGCGAGAAGCCGUUCGGCUGCGCGCACUGCGGCAAGGCCUUCGCCGACCGCUCCAACCUGCGCGCGCACAUGCAGACGCACUCGGCCUUCAAGCACUACCGCUGCCGCCAGUGCGACAAGACCUUCGCGCUCAAGUCCUACCUCCACAAGCACUGCGAGGCCGCCUGCGUCAAGGGGGCCGAGCCGCCUCCGCCGCCCCCCGCCGGCCUCGCCAGCUGA